AUGGCCGAAGCCUACCCCCGCGCAAGCGACUCGGAAUCCGUCUCGUCAUCAGACAACGACGAGGCCUGGCUCAACAACACCGCCGACGAUGACGAGGACGGCGAGCAAGAGACUGUGUCUGUCGUCUCCCUCUUUGACGACCGUGUCUUCCCCGAUGCGCCGUCCAUGCUGGCCUACUGCAAGGACAAGUACGGCUUUGAUUUUAUCGCUGUCCGUGACCGGUUGAGUCUGGAUUUCCACGGCUGUGUGAAGCUUAUAAACUUUGUCCGCCGGAGUGUAAAACAGGGUGGUGCUGCUGCGCUCCCUGAGAAGAUCACGGCGGAGCAUUUGGCUGAUGAGUCGCUGCUUAAGCCGGUGCUGGAGGAUGAUGCGCUGAUUUUCUGCCUGGAUGAGCUGCCCGAGCCUGGGGCGAGCGGUACUGAGGCUCAUGGUCAAGGGAAGACGGUGGAGGGUCCCCAAGUAGACGAGCUCCUGCAGAAAAACGCGCAGCUCCAGGCCGAGCUGGAGCAGCUUGCCAAGCAGUUCGCCAAUUAUCGGCUGGCGGUACAGCAGACUCUUGACAAGCGCUGGGGUGUGGAUGAGGAGAGUGAGAAGGGCGAACCAUCUUCCAAGGCCGGCGUUGUGGCCCCUGAAAAGCAGGAAAAGGAUGACUCGGCCGGCUAUUUUGAGUCGUACGCUCAUAACGACAUUCACGAGACCAUGCUCAAGGAUACGGUCCGCACCGACGCCUACCGCGACUUCAUCUACGGCAACAAGCACCUCUUUGCUGGCAAGGUUGUCCUCGACAUUGGCUGCGGCACGGGCAUUCUCAGCAUGUUCUGUGCCAAAGCCGGCGCGGCCAAGGUGCUCGCCGUCGACAACUCGGCCAUCCUCGACAAGGCGCGAGAGAACAUCUUCAACAACGGUCUCGACGGUACCAUCACGUGCAUCAGGGGCCGCAUCGAGGACGUCACGCUGCCCGUCGACAAGGUCGACAUCAUUGUCUCCGAGUGGAUGGGCUACUGCCUCCUGUACGAGGCGAUGCUGCCCUCCAUUUUCUAUGCCCGCGACCGCUACCUCAAGCCGGACGGCCUGCUUGUGCCGAGUCAUUCCUCCAUGUUUAUCGCGCCCGUAUCCGACGCGGGGUACGUCGCCGACCAGGUCGACUUUUGGCGCGAUGUGUACGGCUUUGAUAUGAAGGCGAUGCAGAGCGGUAUCUACACGGAUGCACGCCUUCCGGCGAUGUUCCGGGACUCCCUCUGCGGCUCCGCGUGCGCCUUUCGCAUGCUCGAUCUUCACACGGCCAAGGUCGAGGAUCUGGUGUUUGAGGAUAAGUGGCAGACGACACUCUCUGAGAAAAUUGCGGCGCCAGAAAGACUGGACGGGUUUCUCGUGUGGUUCGAUAUCUUCUUCGGCGAGAGCCGCCAUGAAGUCGUCGAGCCCACCGUCACGGCUAGGGAGUGGGCGGCUGCAGGCCGGGAACGGGUGGCCUUCACCACGGGGCCGUUCGGUCCCGAGACGCAUUGGAAGCAAGGGCUAUUCCUCAUUGACCCGAAAACGGCAAAGGAACUAAAGGUUGGUCCUGGCACAAAACUCCAGGGCGAGAUCUCCUAUUCCAUUCCUGAGGAUCACGCUCGGGGCUUGAAUAUCAAAAUCAGUUGGGGGUUGGACGACAGCGACAAGCAGUACCAGACGUGGCGCCUGCACUGA